UUUGAUGUCAUUGUGAAACGCGCCAUGAGGCUUCAAGGCAUGAACAAAACACGCCUAAAUAUUUAUGAGACGAAGCUUUGCAGACGAUGACUGAAGGGAAGCUUUGUUUACAAAGCGGUCGGAAGCUGGACUUUUAUCGGUGCAGCUGGGAAAGGCAGGAGGAUGAUGAUGCUUCAUGGAGGUAAAGACAUUCCCCUAUAAGGGGACAUAAAACACCUCAAACUCACCGCAGAUGCAGCAGGAUCACCUCUGCUUUCACUGUUAGCUCCCUGUACUUGGUGAGAUUUAUCUUUUAUCUAACUUAGGCCUGUUUCAAAUCACAGAUAAGCCAAAAAAUGUUUACCGGCAGCAACAUUUUUCCCACACACCCUCGUUGAAAGUGCUGCAGGGUUUCGCAGCCAACAGCCGACUCCCACCUCUGUGAGGAUUUUGCUGCCGUUGCACCACCUUCACCUCAGGCUCUCCUUUUUUAUUACUUCAAUUGUUGACGGGGUUGUCAUGGUUUUGUCAUAAAUAUUUAAAAAGUGAUUCACAUUUUUCUGAAAUCUUUCUAGGAAAGAUAAUGUGGGAAUUUAAGGAAAAUGUUGAGGUUUAAUCUGGAGCUUUCUUUCAAUGUCAUCCCUGCGUCGCAGAGCUGGAAAGAGGAAAUUCUGGUAUGUGCGUCUCACUUGUGAGGUUGCACCAAUGGGAGGCAGCAUAAAGGAGGAGCUUCACUUCACUGAAAUCCCAGUUUUUCCUUUUCCAUCUGCUGGUUGGUGAGGUGCGAGCUCCCAGUAGCAGGAGUUAAGCUGCUUUUUUGUGUUUUAUCGCUCUCAUCUGUGAAUUACUCAUCUUUACCUGCAUCAAUCUGGAUUACUGAACCUUUCUGGUGGUUUUCUGAGCUGGAAUGUCAUUCUCUUGAACUGAGGCUGCUGUAAUGAGAGCCUCUAUCCUUGGAUUCGUGUGUGCUCUCCUUCUGCUGUUAAGGGAGCCUGGUUGCCACGGUGAUGAGGUCACCUCCAGCACAGUCAAUCCAUGCUGCUAUUUCCCCUGCCAGCACUGGGGCGUGUGCGUGCGCACCACACAGGAGGAGUAUGAGUGUGACUGCACCCGCACCGGCUACUAUGGAGAAAACUGCACCAUCCCUGAGUUUUUCACCAGAGUGCGUUACUUCCUCAAACCAAGCCCCAACGUGGUGCAUUACAUCCUCACACACUUCCACUGGCUCUGGGACAUCAUCAACAGCACGUUCCUACGAGAAACCCUCAUGCGUUUAGUUUUAACAGUGAGAUCCAACUUGAUACCCAACCCUCCAACUUUCAACUCAAAGUAUGGCUACCUCAACUGGGAAUCCUACUAUAAUCUCAGCUACUACACUCGAAUUCUGCCCCCCGUGCCCGAAGACUGCCCAUCACCUGUGGGAGCCAAAGGCAGAGCCGAGCUGCCUGACCCGGAGGUUGUGGUGGAGCGGCUGCUGAAGAGAAGGACAUUCAGACCCGACCCUCAGGGCUCCAACCUCAUGUUUGCGUUCUUCGCCCAGCACUUCACCCACCAGUUCUUCAAGACCUACAACCGCAUGGGUGUGGGCUUCACUAAGGCUCUGAGCCACGGGGUGGAUGCAGGACACAUUUAUGGAGAUAACCUGGAGCGUCAGCUGGCUCUCAGGCUUUUUAAAGAUGGAAAACUGAAAUAUCAGGUAAUUGAUGGCGAGAUGUUCCCUCCGUCUGUGGUUGAUGCGCCGGUGUACAUGAGCUACCCCCCCGGGGUUCCUGCUGAGCGUCAGAUGGCCAUCGGGCAGGAGGUGUUCGGACUCCUGCCGGGUUUGGGACUGUACGCCACUCUGUGGCUGCGGGAGCACAACCGCAUCUGUGACGUCCUGAAGGCGGAGCAUCCUGUGUGGGACGACGAGCAGCUCUUCCAGACGGCACGCCUCAUCGUCAUUGGCGAGACGAUACGAAUCGUCAUCGAGGAGUACGUGCAGCACCUCAGCGGCUACCUCCUGGACCUGAAGUUCGACCCCACGCUGCUGUUCAACUCCCAGUUCCAGUACGGGAACCGCAUCUCGCUGGAGUUCAGCCAGCUGUACCACUGGCACCCUUUGAUGCCCGACAGCUUCCACAUAAACGGAGAUGAGCUGUCGUACAAACACUUCCUGUUCAACACGUCCAUUCUCACUCACUACGGCGUGGAAAAGCUGGUGGAUUCCUUCUCCCGCCAAAUCGCCGGCCAGAUCGGUGGGGGCCACAACAUCAACGCCGUGGUGACCCACGUCGCCGUGGGAACAAUUAAGGAGUCUCGCCAGCUCCGGAUCCAGCCUUUCAACGAGUACAGGAAGCGUUUUAACCUGCAGCCGUACGCCUCUUUCAGAGACUUCUCGGAUAAUGAGGAGAUAGCCCAAACGCUUGAAGAGCUGUAUGGGGAUAUCGACGCUCUGGAGUUUUAUCCCGCCCUAAUGUUGGAGAAAACGCGACCGGGGGCCAUAUUUGGGGAGAGCAUGGUGGAGAUGGGGGCGCCCUUCUCUCUCAAAGGCCUCCUGGGGAACCCCAUAUGUUCCCCGGAUUACUGGAAGCCCAGCACCUUCGGCGGGAAAGUCGGCUUUGACAUAGUGAACACAGCCAGCCUGAAGAAGCUGGUCUGUCUGAACAGCAGGACGUGUCCGUACGUGUCGUUCCGAGUUCCAGCUGAGGAGAAAUCACAACCGGGGAAGGAAUGUCCCGACGAGCUAUGACCAUGAGCAGCCCCCACAGGGUCCAGGCUUUUAUUACACCCCCGCAUGAAGGGAGAACAAACGUACGGCCGGAGAACUGUUUGGGCACGGAAAUCAGAGCUCAGCGUGGAUGUUUUCCUUUUUCUGUCUUGUGGAAGCAGUUUUGGUCCCUGAAGAGUUUUCUCAUGCAAGAGUUUUGACUACAGAUACAUGUAAUGGCUUCUGCAUUCACUGGGAGAAAAACAAAGCAAAUAAAAAUGUAUAGUUUUUUUACAUAAUAAAUCGGGCAGCUGCUCAAAUCUUUA